CGUCACAAAUGUAAGAUGCUUUUGGGGAUUUCCUUAACUAGUAUUAUCAGUUUGUCACCGCCUUUUCAGAAGUAUCUGUUGUGAAGGUUGGCAAUACAAGAUAGUAGAAAUCAACGACCAAAUGGGAUUGUCAUCAACGACCACCGUCAAUGAUGGCAUCCAAUUAUGUAUCUUUGACUUAAGAAGGGGACAACAAGAAGGCCAAGAACUUGACAAGAUAUUAUUCUUUUUCCCUGCUGAAUGCCCCUUCUCAGUUCAGCUCUCUGUAAUAGGACUAUGUGAAGGAAUCAUUACUUUUACUCGAAUCUUUUCUCCAGAGACAGCUUGUGAGGUCAUAGAAGCGGAGAAACACUCUCAUGUAUUUUACCAGGCUGAACCGGACAUAUGGAUGGUUUUGGUAGUGGAGAAAAAUAAAGAUAAUGAAUCUAUUUGGAGAUGCGAUUCCUUACAGAGUAUACUUAAGGAAGUGCAUUCUCUAUUCAAAAUGUUUCAUGGACCUCUGCGAGCUUUACUUGACAAACAACCUAGCGGUGAACUUACUCGUAGCCAUCUCUACUCCUUUAUCACAGACUAUUUAACUGAUUUUCAUGUUGGGAAAAAGAUUCAAAUGCCAUCCUUCCGUGAUUGCUUGAGGGAGCGAGGAAGUGUUCAAAUGCUGACAAUCUCACGAGAAGUAGCACUUGAAGUUCAGUCGCUCAUCACAGUUAUUGGAUCUUCCUGUGUUGGGAAUACAGCCUGCAAUUCACUAGUAUUAUUCCAAGAUCUGUUGGUCUCGACAACACUUUCUCCUGAUGACACAGCAAAUCUGUUCACUUAUGCUGUUCUGAGGUUGACUCCACAUGCUCUAUCGUCCAAUACGAAUUCUUGGUCUUAUUUACGCAGAGGGACUUCUUCACCUAAUAUUGCUGCUGCUUCCACUGUAACAAACGCUGGAGCAGCAGAAGAAAAUCAGAACAGGUCUCGUGAUACUUCUCCUGGGGGACAAAGCCAGAGAUACCAUAUACAAAGGCCUUUGCAACGUGAUAAAUGGUGUAAAGGAAAGGAUGGUUUUGUUGUCACCGAUGUUCCAUGCGCAGAAGUUGGUGGUUUUAUUCCUUUGGCGCCGAUAGUAUGGCUUCAGCAGACAGAGGAGCGCAUGUAUCUUUGCGUUUACCAGCACAAGAAUCUGACAAUUGUACUCCUCAUUCCUGUGUCUUCUUUAAUAAAUGGAGAACAGGGUGUGGCCCUUUUGAAGAAGCAGCUUCUUGAAAAUGCAUCAGAGAAAAUUGUUACUGUUGAGCAGAAACUCUCCAGAAGCUGGGGUGGUGAAAAUGCUUACCAUGUUAGUGGGUAUCGCUACUUAUUCGUCGACAGGGAUAGAAAUGUCUCAAGGGCUUCCCCGCCUGGAAAAGUUACAACUCUGACUAAGGACUCUCUUCUUGCGCUUAAUAGGCUGAGAGAAGAGGUGGAUUUGGAGAAGUCUAGAGCAAAGAGGGAUGACCCUGAUCAUGAAAAGGACUCUGAAGUAUGCAUCAGAGCCAAAAAUAAUGCGUGGGUAAUUGCUAAGAUUACAGGAGGAAGGGAACUUUAUAUGGUCUUAGAGAAGGCCAGUGAGACACUUCUUUAUGCAUCUGAUGCACUUGAGAAGUUCAGUAACAGGUACUGCGAUGGAGCGUUUUCCCUAGACUAGUAUACUCGCAUUUGCUCAAUCUGUCUUGCCGCAUUAAGGGUUCAGAAAAUCUUUUCUGUUUUUCAUCCUGGGGUGGUUUGUUGGCUCAGAUGAUCUAAUAGAAAUAGUUUUUGAAGCACCAUACUUUGGUUCAAAUAACUAAAAGGAUUUGGAGUUGAAUACAACAUGGUUAGAGAUUUUCACUUUGUUGGAUAACUAAAUUUGUAAUGAUAACUUAUGAUACUACCAGUUGUUAUUUAAUGGAUAAGCCUCAGUAGCCAUUCUCGUAAUUAUUUCUUUCUGUAUUUAUAUUGUCGAAGGUCGGUGCGAACAUAAAACAUUUUUGUAACUUAUUAUGUGCUUAAUUUUUUUAUGUAA